AUGGAUUUGUUUAGGAAGUGUAUGGAGCCGGAUGAGAAGUGUCUGAGGGAUGCUAAGAUGGACAAGAGCAGUGUCCAUGAUGUUGUACUUGUUGGUGGGUCAACUCGUAUUCCGAAGGUACAACAAUUGCUACAAGACUUCUUUAACGGAAAGGAGCUCUGCAAGAGCAUCAAUCCUGAUGAAGCUGUUGCGUACGGUGCGGCUGUUCAAGCUGCGAUCUUGAGUGGUGAGGGCAAAGAGAGGGUUCAAGAUUUGUUGUUAUUGGAUGUUACUCCUUUGUCUCUUGACAACCAGCUAGAUGUCUUGAUCCAAGCGUACGAAGGUGAAAGAACCCGAACCAAAGAUAACAAUUUACUUGGGAAGUUUGAACUCUCUGGCAUUCCACCAGCACCUCGGGGUGUUCCUCAGAUAAAUGUCUGUUUCUACAUUGAUGCCAAUGGCAUCUUGAAUGUUUCGGCUGAGGACAAGACAACAUGUCAAAAGAACAAGAUUACCAUUACAAAUGACAAGGGAAGACUGUCCAAGGAAGAAAUUGAAAAGAUGGUACAAGAUGUGGAGAAAUACAAGGCUGAGGACAAUGAACUAAAGAAAAAAGUUGAGGCCAAAAAAUCUUUGGAGAAUUACGCCUACAACAUGAGAAACACUAUCAAGGAUGAGAAGAUUGCUUCCAAACUUCCUGCUGCUGACAAAAAGAAAAUUGAGGAUGCUGUUGAGUCGGCCAUACAAUGGUUAGAGGGAAUCAACUUGCAGAGGUUGAUGAAUUAG